CCUUCUGCUACUCCCAGCACUACCCCAUUAUCAGGAACCAAUGCUCCUAAAUUUGGCACAGUCAUUCCAAACAGAAUAUUUGUUGGUGGCAUUGCAGCAAAUACAACAGAUGCUGAAUUAAAGCAAUUUUUCUCAGCUUAUGGAGCAGUUAAAGAUACUAAGAUAAUAGCAGAUAGGGGUGGUGUUUCAAAAGGUUAUGGUUUUGUUACGUUUGAAAAUCAGGAAGAUGCAGAUAGAAUU